GUGAUCCGCGAAAACCUCUCAUGAAAUUAAAAUUAACUUUUGAAAUCUUUCCUCGGUUUCAUGAAGAAAGCAACGAUGUUGCUUUGAAAACUGCAUGAGAGGUACGAGUAAAAUAUCGUUUAUGAAAUCAAUAUGGAAGUGUGUUUCUGAAAUGAAGCAGCUGUGCUUUUGGAAUGCUAUCAUAAAGUGUGAAUCAACUUUGGCUGUGUUACGCUGAUUUAUAUACAAAGGGCGUAUACAAGCUCCAGUCGGAAUUCUGCAUUACACCAUAGGGACGGAUGUUAAUCAGUCAUUAACCUGGAAAUUUCCUUUAUCCGAUGUCAGCAGUGACUUUUAAAAUGAACUAAAACUGUUUCCGAUUGGUUGUUCUAAGAUUGUGCCUCGUGUUCUACACACAUCAAGAGAUCGACAAGUGAGGUGACCGAAACAUUUUGUAAUAUACGUAUAUACAAUAUAUGUUGGAAACCCCACUUUUUUCUCACUAAAUGAUUUAAUACAAUAUUCCAUAUGUAUGAUUGUUCGGUCUAUGAAUUUCAAUAUCUACAGCACACGGAUCAAAACAUGGGUUGUUGUGUGAUUACUACCAUACGGGAACAACUGAUGGUGAUUUAACGGCGUGCCUUACGAAGAUUCAAGGACACUGAUACUUUUGCAGUUCUAAGGCCUAAUAAACUGGAUUGUUUCUAAUUUGUUGUGAAAUUUCUCGGACGUGAGUAAAGGGACAUAUUAUUUCCACUUGGAUAUUUUAUAGAUUUACAUUUUGGUUGUAAAUGAAAAAAAUACCAGCUUUAUAACUAAGACAAGGAAGUGUAUACCCAUUUUCUUUUGUAACGCAACAGAGCCGCUACCAUCUCAAACAUAACCAUAUAUUGUGUUGAAUUUACCAUUCACGAUAUUUCGUUUGGUGGUACUGUAUAAUGGAAUCUAACGUGACAAAAGUAACGGUGAUAGCCUGUCAUAAAUGGCUACACGAAUUCAACUUCGACAAUAACACUGAUCUCAAAGAUGUCAACAACGCCUUUAUGUUAAGGAAUAUCGGUGGUAUUAUACUAAUUGGCAUUUUGACCAUAUUUGGAGUAAUAGGGAAUUUCCUUGUUUUGUGGAUCUAUCUGAUGCGAUUCCGACAGUCCAAUUACAGGACAUAUGUAAUCUGGUUAUCAUCACUAGAUAUGGUCAAUUGUUUAGGAGUAAUGCCUUUUUAUUUUACAUAUCUGUGUUUCCCUUUGAUAUUGGGAUCUAAGUACAUUUGCAAGACCGGACGAGCCGGAAGUUAUGUCAUCAAUCUAUCGUCUGCGUUGUUGCUCAUGGUGAUUGCUGGGGACAGAUACCGCAAAAUUUGCUCUCCUAACAAACGUCAACUUUCUGGUAAGCAAGCCAAGGUGUGCUGUUUCGUUGGGUUGAUAGUGUCUAUAUUCUUAUCAUGGCCGACAUUUGUGAUGUUUGGUAAGAACGCCGUUGAGAUUGGUCUGAACGACCUUCGAGGCUACAGGUGUUUGGUUGAAGAUGAAUACGCCGAUUCUAUGUAUAUGAAGGUGUUUCAGGUGAUUAUGUCAACUAUCGCCCUAACUGUCACAAUUACACUAACGCUGAUGUACAGUUUAAUUGUUAAAGGAUUGUACAGCCACAAGAAAUAUUUCAUAGGUGCUCAAGGAUCAGUAAAAUCUAGGAAAGCUUGUCCGAUUCCUGCGGAAAUGUUGGAUCGUUCUACAAGGAAAUCCACCAUGACACUUUUAGCUGUGACGCUAAGUUUUAUCCUCAGCUUCCUUCCACACCACGUUCUUGCCAUAGCGUUUUUCAUGAACAAGACAUUUGAGUGUUCUCUUGGUUUUUCUGGUGGAGCAGCAUACUACACAUUUGUAUGGAUGGUUUUCUUUAACACGGCUGCCGACCCGGUUAUCUAUGGAUUUUCUGAUAAAAGAUUCCGAUAUGAACUCAAGCGUAUGUGCAUACUUAUACGAAAGGGUCAGUGGUCAUUCAAAUCGCGAAGGUCUGAAAGGUCAAUGAGGUCACAAAGAUCUUCAAGGUCUCCGAAUUUCCUAAAAUCUAGCAAGCGGGUACAUUUCGCUUUUGAUUGAUAUGACUAUCCUUGGUAUGUUAUAACCUUAAACUGAAGUUUGUAAAUCAUUAUACAGAGGAAUUGGGGAUUGGACGACUUCUCUUGAGAACAUAUUUUUUUUAUCUCUUUGCUUCAUUUGCUCUUGAUAUUUGAUUGGUCCAUCUAUGUCACCAGUUUGUUAAAAAACUUAUAAUUUAUGGUAUUACCUGAAAUGCAACAUAGGCAAAGACAAAUUAAUAUGGAACUUGUCUUUUUUAGACCGAAAAACGCUCUUGUAACAAGUACUAAUCAUACUAGAAAUGAAACAAAAAAAGAAAUAUUAAACAUGACUUAACAAGUUUUUAAUAGACAAGACAUCAUGUGUCGUGACAUUCCAUGCUUUAAGGUGUGUUUGAUGACACAACCAACGGUACCAUACAAUGUUCUCGGGUAAUUGAUUUAUAUAGAAUCAUUUAAUGGUUUGUAUCAAAGUAAGAUCACCGAAUAAAAAUUAAAAACAAAAAAGGUAUUUUAACAUUGCUGUAUUUUAUCAUAGAUUAUAAAUAGUAUAAAACGAAAUCAGAAAAAAAAUGUCAUCCAGUCAAAACAAUAUGGCUGAAAUUGGUUGAAACAUUUCCACCAUGAUUAAAUAAUAUCGUCGCUUUGAUUUGUGUUCAGUUGUAUUCUUUGUAAGUAAAAUACACACACAUAUGUACAUUCAUAGCAUCGUACCAAAGAUUCGUUUACUGAUAUUUAACAAAUAAUUGAUGUAAUAUUUCUAUGUUAAUAAACAGGUAUCUUUACCUUUAUAACGAUAUGUUUAUAUAGUAAUAUAUGUUUACCUCAUAGUGGGAUAGCAUUUAAUUGUUCAUUCACAUUCUUCCCGGUUGAUGUCAUAAAUAUCAUAUUGAUACCACAUACCUACUUAAAUGACUUCAGACUUUUCUUGAUCGUAUAAUUUUAUUGAAACAAAACAUUUCAAUCUGUAUGUAUUUUUUAUACCUAUAUAUUGUCAUAUAUAAACCUGUAUUCAAUUUGAUGAUCCAAUAUCUCGUUAAUUAUCUCUGUGAUAUGUUCCCGAGUUCGCGUGUAUUAUUAAGCAUUGUCAUCAAAAUGUACUAUUACCUAUACAAUAAAACGUGUUAUUUCCACUGGGCUCUAUAAACAUAUUUGAAAAUAAAAUAUUUUGAAUAUAGAACUAUAAUUCGUUUAGUACAUCCGUAUUGCUGCUAGCUUUCGUCAAACCGUAAAAAUAAGACCCAUCGCGGAAAUUUAACAUGCACAGUAGUUUACUUACAAUAUGGCUUUGCUUUGUAAACAUGAUUUUGGAUAUUACAGAGGGUUUUGAUAUAGUAACAAAUGCAUAUAAUGUCCCUUACAAACCUCACUAUGAUCUCAGUAAAACUUAUAUAGAUAAUCUAUAACAAAAUAUCAAUAAAUAUUUUUUACAAGGUAGUUAUUAUGAAGAUAAACAAGAACAUAUUUAACUGAAAAUCUUAAUUCUGCAAGAAAUCAAAUGUGAUAUUUUAAAAGAUUAGUGUGUCAAAAUUAUUAACGCUGUUGGUUUCUGGAGAACACGAGAAAUUUUCAACAUCAGUAUCAAUUCAAAAUGUCCAUUUUAUUACAGCCAUGCCUAUAUGAUAACCACUGUUAAAACUGCCGAUGUUUGAAAUUACUAAAACCUUGAAACCAAAACGAUGUACUUUUAAGGGAUGUCUUGCAAUGUACAAUAAAUUCUGUAUGAAAGAUUUUAUGUUAUCCUCGGAAUAAGCUAAAAUUUCAAACCCCCGAAAAUAACAACAUUUACAGUAUGCCAUCAUAGUUCUUACUGUUACUGUAUGAAAUGUAGUAUCUGUACACUGUAACACGUCCUCCUUGAUGACAAUUAGUAGUUUGUUUAAAUAAAGUAUAAGAAUGAGGAAAGUCUGUUUGUUAAACAAGCAAAUUUGUCUUAUAAUCCAUGUCGUGUAAUAGUGCCAGAAAAUGGCAGACAUAGAGGGCGGCGAAAACAUGUUCAAGCUGAUAGUCUACUUUACUUAUAACAUGUGUUUAUAAAUAUUAACGCUGUACGAGCUAUUAUUAUAUCUAAAGAUAAAAUAUUUGCACUAUGUUUAAAGAGGUAAAAACCGAACGCUUGGCACCAGCUUAUAUCUCAGUUUUCAAUACUAAUAACAGCAAUUUCUCAUAUUUGGCUACAGCGAUACAAUAUUCAAGCAUCUCAGUUAUGGAGAACCGGAUAAAAGCAUACCCGAGUCUUUGUCUUUUCUUUUUUUGUAUGGGGCAAGUUUUCAUAACUGUGAACUUUAUACUGUUUUUGAAAAAUGCAUGGAUACCUCAUUGAUGUGUACUUUUGAAUGAAGACAACGGGUUAAAUGAACAGUUUACAGCUGAUUUUUGAUCAGGUAGCAUUGCUUGUUGUCUCCUAGUUAUCUUAAAUGACAAUGCGGUUAACUUAUUCCUUGCAUUGCCUGAUUAACGUCCCAUACUGGUAUAUGUAUUGUGUUUUGAUUGGAUAAAGGCCGUCUUAACGGUCAUAUAAUUAACGAUGCUCUAAGAGCAUUAAACUUAAAGCUUUAAAAAUGUUGUUAACAUGAAUAAAUUUGCCUGAUUAACGUCCCAUACUGGUAUAUGUAUUGUGUUUUGAUUGGAUAAAGGCCGUCUUAACGGUCAUAUAAUUAACGAUGCUCUAAGAGCAUUAAACUUAAAGCUUUAAAAAUGUUGUUAACAUGAAUAAAUUUGACUCUGUCAGAAAGGAAAAACUGGUUUCGGUUUACGAUUUUGUUUUUGUUUCUUUCGCAUUUUUGUUUUACCUUUUUUUAUUGCUUUUUUCUUAUUAUACGUAACUUGAUAAGAGGUUGUAAUUAUUUGAAAUCACCAACUAGGACAAUAAUAUGUUCAUACCGCUGUUAAUG